AUGGGAGUCAUCUUCCUAGCCGCGUGCGCCGCCGUCGCCCUCUGGAUCGCCCACGGCGCGUACAAGAUCUUAGUCUAUCCCAGAUUCAGUCCUUACCGCCAUCUGCCCUCGCCUGAUCAAGGCCCCAUAUGGAAGCGGCUGUUUACCGAGCCCGACACGUUCGACUUCCUCCGAUGGGCCGACCAAGUGCCCAACGACGGCCUGAUCCGCUACUUUGGCAUCCUCAACGAUGAGCGCCUGCACGUCACCAACACCCAGGGACUGGUGCAGCUGCUGCAGAAAGACACAUAUCUCUACAGGAAGGCCAGCGCUCAGGGUCAGCUCGUCAAGUUCCUUGCUGGCGACAAUGUCGUCGUCGCCGAAGGCAGCAAGCACAAGACUGUCCGCAAAGGACUGCAACCCGCCUUCAGUCCCGCUCGCAAGCCCCAUUGGUACCAGCUCUUUUCCACCACUGCCCUAGACCUGGUUCAAGCCAUCGACCACCAGAACACAUCGGGCAGCGACCAACCCGCCAUCAAUCUCAGCCGCAUGCUCAGCCAGAUGGGCCUUGACACGAUUGGGAAAGAUUGCGUCGGCACGGAAUUUGAUUCGCUCAGGUCGCCCAGAGGCGACAAGACGUUGGGCUACCUCAAGCUAUUCAACACCAGCGCCAACGCCCACCUGCUCGAGAUUAUCAUGCACCUGUUUCCCUUCUGGUUGCUCGAAGCUCUUCCCUUCAAGGCUGUCCAGUAUGCUCGCAACAUGACGGGUCGGGUGAAGGAGACUGUCCAGCAUGAGGCAGUCCAGGACAUGUCGGCCCAAGAUCAUGGACAAGAAAAGGAAGACAUGAACGACAAAAACAUGGUCGAUUGCAUGAGGCGCGAUCUGCUGUCGCCUGAGCAGGUUAUCAACAACGCUCUGACCAUGGUAACUGCUGGUCACGAAGAGAUUGGCACUGCUCUGACCUGGGUCGUCUACUUCCUGAUUCUCUAUCCCCAGGUCCAGACUCGACUCCGCCGCGACAUCACAUCAACCCUGGGCGACGCGAAUGACUGGAAGGACAAAUGCUUCACCGAGGACGACUUCAACAAGCUCCCCUACUUGCGCGCCGUCAUCAACGAAAGCCUGCGCCUCAGGCCCAACGUGCCCGUCAUCUGGCGCGAAUCCACAACUCCCUCCACCCUUCUCGACACUGCCAUCCCACACCGCGGAACCGUCAUCACAGCGUCGACUUGGGCAAUGAACAGGAACGCCGACGAAUGGGGUCCAAAUGCGACCGAUUUCAGCCCCGACCGUUGGCUGGACGAUGUCAAUGGAGGAGCAAAGUCGGCCUUUUCUUUCAUGACUUUCGGCCAAGGCCCUCGUAAGUGUAUUGGUGAAAUCUACGCCAGAACUCAGAUGGAAUGUGUCCUCGCUGCUUUGGUCGACAGCUUCGUCUUUUCCAGUGCCCUCAGACUCGACGACAUUGCCCCCAGUCAGGGAAUGAUCACAGUCAAGGUCUGGCAAGGCUUAAGAAUAUUCGCUCAGCCCGUCGAGCGAGCACCAUAG